CCCGUCGGAGUCCCGCGGGGUGAGAACCCGUCCCACUCGGAGGCCCGCGAGGUGAGACCCCCGCCCCGCCAGCCCCGCCACCGCGGUCCACCCUCCCCUUCCGCCGCGGCGCGAGGAGGGGGCGCGGCCGGGGAGGGUCCACCCAGCGGACUGUGGGCUCUUCUCACGCCUCGGCUCCGGGCAGCGGCCUCUAUGGAGACGUUUCUCCCUGAAGCGGGACAGAGGCGGCGCCACCAUGGCUCUCAGCGCGGACCGCCCCUGCGACCUGCGCGACCAGGGCUCGAGCGUCCAGAAUCUGGAAACCCUUGACACCUACAUCCAGAACACACUCUCUGCCCUCUACCCACCAUUUGAGGCCACAGCAGUCACCGUGCUCUGGCAGGUAUUCAGCGUGAUAGAAAGGCUCCACGGAGGGGACGGACUGCGCUGCCUCACUGACUUCCUCAUCCCAGCCAAGAGGGCGCUUCAGCACUUGCAGCAGGAGGCCUGUGCUAGGUAUACAGGCCUCAUCUUCUUCCAUGAAGGCUGGCCGCUGUGCAUCCACGAGAAGGUGGUGGUGCAGUUGGCGUCCCUCCACGGAGUCAGGCUCAGGCCUGGGGACUUCUAUCUGCAGGUCACAUCAGUGGGGAAGCAGUCGGCCAGGCUGGUCUUAAAAUGCUUGUCCCGGCUUGGGCGCGGCUCAGAAGAGGUGGCUGUGCCUGAGGCCAUGUAUGGCUGUGUCUUCACAGCAGAGUUCCUGGACCGGAUGAACAGGGAAUGCAACAGUGUCCUCUUGAAAAACUGCCUGCUGACCUCAGGCUGCGCCAUCUACCGCACCCCAUGGAGCCACAUCACAGCGCCUGUGUUUGUGCCCACCACCGGAAGUGUCGUGUGCAGCUGCUCCAGCCAUCCUGGACCUGAGCAGCCACCCGGCAGCACCUCGGAGGCCCCAGCCACAGCACCAGCCAUCGCCAGCCCCCGUCCCCAGAGGGGCAAAUUUCCCCGCUGCAGUGGGCAUCUCGGCAUUGACCAGCCCAGCCGCCUCCUGUACCUGAGAAGAGCCGAGUGGGAAAGGCCCAGGACCCUGCCUGGGAGCUCUGGCAUCGGCCCUUGGGAGCCCCCCGAGAGUCUGGAAGGACCGGGAGAGAAACUGGGCCCCGUGGGCAUGGACAAGAAGGACAACCCGCAGGCCUUCGGCUCCCACAAGGACAUGGGCAGUCCGAGCUCCGGAGGCUGCCUGCCUGGGGCCACAGCUGGCGUGGAGGCCAGACGCUGGUUCAGGAAGUCCUACAUGGAGGCGCUGCGGAACCCUAUGCCCCUGGGGUCCGGCUCUAAGGAGUCUGUCAUGGUGGAAGCUUGUGUCCAGCACAAGGAGCCUGGGGCAGCAACCAGCCUGACCCAGAAAGAACCCGCUAGCCCCCAGGAAGACCCCCAGGAGACCCGGAGUCAAAAGAGCUGUCCAGAAGUCACUGGGAAGACCUUUCCCAGGAGGUCUCGGUCCUGGGACACAUCCCCCAGGAGCUCCCGAGAUGAUGUCCAGCGGGCCAGCCCCAACUCAGCCAGCGCUGGGCCAGGUGGUCUCUUGGGAGGACAAGCUGUGGAGACCAGAAACUCAGAGGAAGCUGGUGUUGAGGCUGACGCCUGCAGGUUUCCCGCUGUGCUCACUGAGUUGCUGUGCCCUGAGAGGGAAGGACAGCCACCCAGCCCGGGAGACCUGCCCAGCCAGGUGUCCAGGCAGCCGCUGGGGGUCAGCGAGGAGCUGCUGCAGUCCGGGGCCAUCACCCUCCCAGGGACCCGCGACCGCCAGGGGAGAGCAGUGGUGCAGGUCUGCACGAGGGGCCCACUCUGGUCCAAUCAGCACGUGUCCAGUGCCGAGCUGAUCCGCCUCCUGAAGUACCUCCAUGGCAUCCCCAGGAAGGAGGUGCGGGACCUGGGGCUGGUCAUCUUGGUGGACGCACGCAGAAGUCUAGCCGCCCCUGCCUUCUCCCAGACCCUGACAGCUCUGCAGAGCACAUCUCCCCCAAUCAUUCACAGUGUUUUGCUCUUGGUGGAUAAGGAAUCAGCAUUCAGGCCUGACGAGGACACAGCGAUUCAGUGUGAGGUGGUGGGUUCCCUAAAGGCCCUGCACCAGCUCGUCGACAGCUCCCAGCUGACUGCAGAGCUCGAAGGCUCCUUCCCCUAUAGCCACAGUGACUGGAUCUGCCUCCGCAGGAAGCUGGAGACCUUCACCGCUAACUGCCAGGAUGCCAUUGCUUUCCUCCAAAAUUCCAUCCGCUCCCUGAACACCCACAGGCCACUAAGCACAGCUCAGGAGGUCGCAGAGUUAAUCAGACGGCACAAGGCUCUGAUGACGUGCGUCCUGGAGGACCCACUGCUGGUCACCCUGCGCCUGGACGGAGGCACCGUGCUGGCGCGGCUAAGGAGGGAGGAGCAUGGCACUAGUGAGGACGGCCGAGACGCCAUUGAAGCUGCCUCCCAGCUGUAUAACCAAGUGGAUGAAGAGGUCCACAGGCUGGUCCUCACCUCCAACAGGUGUCUGGAGGAGCUGGAGACUCUACGGGAGCUGAGGACACUCCAGGAGGGAGGUGACCAGAUCAAACCAUGCCCUGGAAGAGAGGAAGGAGAGUCCCUGGGCCCUUUGGAGCUGCUCUCUGUUGAUGACAACACGUGGCGGCCGGAGCGGCAGGCCGAGCCUCCCAGGCCCACGCACUGUGGUCAGAAAGGACAGCAGCUGUUGGGGGAGGACAACUCGCAGGACACUGGGAAAGCAGGCCAGGACUUCAGGACGCAUCUGAGCAUCCUAGCUGGCCAGGCUGAGGGCCAGGAAAGGGAACCGGCCCAGUGGGCCAGCCCGUCGGAGUCCCGCGAGACGGUGACCGGGUGUAUGCUGUGUGGCUGUGGGUGUCUACAACCCCUGGGCCCAGCGCAGGUUGCUGAGUGUUUGAAGAGCUGUCACCAUGAGGCCAUGCAGUUUUCUGCGAGUGUCCCCAGGGCGAGCACGGUGGUGUUGGCGCAGUGUCACGCCUUGUGGCUGCAGCGCCAGCAGAUCCGACAGUGCUUCCAAGAGGCCCUUCCUGAGGCCGCCCCAGGCACUGGCACCCCACCUCUGGACCGGAGCCCCUCGAGGCACGAGCUUGUCCACGGGGCUGAGGCACGGCACCACCAGCCGUCCUCGACCCCCCUCACUGACCCUGAGGGCCGUGCUGCGGAGUGGGCCCGAGUGCUGCCCCGUCUCCCUGGACAAGCCGCUCUAUGUGGGCAGGAGGCUGUGCACCUGGCCUCAGGUGUGCUUGCCCGGGACGACAGCUCUGCUGACUCCUCUGAGCCCCAGGCCCCCAUCGCCCACUCCAGGAAGCAUCCCCUGAAAAAAAUGAUGAAAAGAACACAAAGCUUUGAGAUUCCGCAGCUGGAUGGCAGCCCCAGGGACUCCCGCUGGCCAGGCCACACUGGGGUCUUCAUCAAAGGCCUGGAGGUGACCAGCACCGUGGCCUCAGAGAAGCCUCCGCCAAGGCCACAUGCUGAGAGCCCUUUGGACACUCGGAACUGGGGCCUGUCCUCUUCCUCCAGGACCCACCCCUCUGAGGAGGACCAGAGAAGGCCAGCUGGCAGCAGCCGCCUACAGCACAUCAUGGCCGAGAUGAUCUCCACAGAGAGGGAGUAUGUCAGGUCCUUAGGCUACGUCAUCGACAACUAUUUUCCAGAGAUGGAGAGGGCGGACCUGCCUCCUGGCCUGCAGGGGGAGCACGGCACCAUCUUCGGGAAUUGGGAGCAAUUGCACACCUUCCACCGCCAGCACUUCCUAUCAGAGCUGGAGCGUUGCCGGCACCGCCCCCUGGCCGUGGGCCGUGGGUUCCUGAGACACGAGGAGCAGUUUGGCAUGUACGCACUCUACAGCAAGAACAAGCCCCGGUCUGACGCUCUGCUCUGCAGCCACGGCCACGUCUUCUUCAAGGACAAGCAGCGGGCGCUGGGGGACAAGAUGGACCUGGCCUCGUACCUGCUGAAGCCUGUGCAGCGCAUGGGCAAGUACGCACUGCUGCUGCAGGACCUGGUCCGGGAGGCCGGGCGCUGGCCCACCUGUGAGCCACAGCUGGCCGAGCUGCGGGCCGCCCAGGAUGUGGUCCGCUCCCAGCUGCGUCACGGCAACGACCUGCUGGCCAUGGACGCUGUGCGCGGCUGUGACGUGAAUUUGAAGGAGCAGGGUCAGCUGAGAUGCAGGGACGAGUUCACCAUUUGCUGUGGACGGAAGAAGUACCUGAGGCACGUCUUCCUCUUUGACGACCUCAUCCUGUUCAGCAAGACCAAAAAGGUGGACGGUGGCUAUGACAUCUACACGUACAAGCAGUCCUUCAAGACGGCUGACAUUGGGAUGACGGAGAACGUUGGGGACAGCGGCUUGAGGUUUGAGAUCUGGUUCCGAAGGCGGCGGAAGGCCCAGGACACCUACAUCCUGCAGGCGAGCUCUGCAGAGGUCAAGGCCGCUUGGACCGACGUGAUAGGGAAGAUCCUGUGGCAGCAGGCUCUGAGGAACAGAGAACUCAGGAUGCAAGAAAUGGUAUCCAUGGGGUUAGGUAGCAAACCGUUCCAAGACAUCAAGGCCAGUGACGCAGCCAUAAGUGACCGGGCCGUCAAGUACAUCAUGAAAGGAACAGAGUCGAGAGCCCGAGCAUCCACAGCUGUGGCCUCCUGUAACCACACCGCCCCCUCCAAGAGACCACACUCCACCAUCUCGGACAGCAGCACCUCCUCCUCCAGUAGCCAGUCCUCCGCCUUGCGUGUGCCCGGUGGCCCAGCCCUCGGGGGACCCGCCUACUGCCCCUGGCCCCACGGUGCUCACACCUGCAUCGAGGAGGACGAGCUGGAGUAGGAGCCGGGUUCCCGGCCUCCGCUGCGUGAGUGCACCUAG